UUCUCCUGUGAUAAAGUUUAACAAUGGAGAUGAGUAGGUUUAUGAUGCACUGAAUAUAGUUAAUAAUAAUUAGAAUGUUGUACAGUGCCUUUUGUCCAUAAAUCUUAAGGGCUCUACAAAGGAGUAUAAGUAUUGCUAUCCCUGUUUUUCAGGAGAAGCUGUUUUUCAGGAGAAGCUGAGGUACAGAGAAGUGAAGUGACUUGCUGAAGGUUGCACAGCAGAUUGGUAGAGCAAGGAAUAGAUAUGAGAAAUGAGUGUUGGACGCAGAAGAUUAAAGCUGCUGGGAAUUCUAAUGAUGGUAAACUUUUUUAUUUAUGUGAUUGUGGAAGUCUCCAAAAGUGGUGGUCAAGAGAAGAAUUCAAAAGGACAGGUUAUAUUACCCAGCAGCAAAUUCUGGAGGAAAUACACUCCUCACAAGGCCUAUUGGAACAGACAGCAACAGAAGCUGGAACUCUUGUACAACCCCAUUUUGACCUUGCUUUCCAAUAUGACUGUGGAAGAAAACUUAAUUUCUAAUGCUACUGUUCUGAAUUCCUGUGAACCUGAUCCAUCAGUAACUUCAGAGGUUAAAGACUUUGCAAAAUUGCCAGACAGAUUUAAAGACUUCCUGUUUUAUUUAAGAUGUAGAAAUUAUUCAUUAUUAGUGGAUCAACCGAACAAGUGCAAACACAAACCUUUCCUGCUGCUGGCUAUUAAGUCACUUAUACCGCAUUUUGAUAGAAGGCAAGCAAUUAGGGAAUCUUGGGGUAAAGAAAUAAAAUCAGGGAAUGUAACUGUUGUAAGGGUCUUUUUGUUGGGACAGACCCCUCCAGAAGAUAAUUUUCCUGACCUUUCAGACAUGUUGAAAUUUGAGAGUCAAACUCACCAAGACAUUCUUCUUUGGAACUACAGAGAUACUUUCUUCAACUUGACACUGAAAGAGGUGCUGUUUCUUAAAUGGGUCAGCAGCACAUGUCCGGAUGCCCAGUUUAUUUUUAAAGGGGAUGAUGAUGUUUUUGUGAAUACCCAUCAGAUCCUGGAUUACUUGAAGAGUUUAUCAAAAGACAAAGCCAAAGACUUAUUUAUAGGUGAUGUGAUCAAAGAUGCUGGACCUCAUCGAGAAAAAAAAUUAAAGUACUACAUUCCUGAAAGUGUUUAUGAAGGUUCUUAUCCUCCAUAUGCAGGAGGCGGUGGGUUUCUGUACUCUGGUGAUCUGGCAUUAAGACUGAACAAUGCAUCUGACCAGGUCCUCCUCUAUCCUAUUGAUGAUGUUUAUACUGGAAUGUGCCUUCAGAAACUUGGGCUUGCUCCGGAAAAACACAAAGGCUUCAAAACAUUUGAUAUUGAAGAGAAACACAGAAAUAACAUAUGCUCCUACACAAACUUAAUGUUAGUACAUAGCCGAAAACCUCAAGAAAUGAUUAAGAUUUGGACACACUUGCAGGAUCCACACUUAAAUUGUUAAAUGUUUAAAGUAAUGUGCAUAAGUGUCUUCAAUUUAUUUUUCAAGGUUGGGUCUAGUUUCUUUACUGAACCAUUAAAACUCUUUGUUUUCACUUGGUGAUUUUUAAAGUUAAUUCUCCUAAAAUCAUUAGCUAGAAACAUUUGUCCAGUACUUAUAAAAGUAAAAAUAAUACUACAAUAGCAAAUUUUUGAUAGUAUGGCAUGAACUGAGUCCUACUCUUUCCACUGUUCUAGAAGUUAUGAUGUUUCAAUAUUUCACCUACAAAUUGUAAAAUAGACUUGAGAAGUUAUAACUAAAAGUCCUUCAUUGAUUCAUGAUUAGUUGUCACCAUAAUGUUGAAAAAAUGGAUUAUUCACUUUUCAUUGGUAGUGCAUCUUUCUUUAACUGUGGUGGUAGAAGCUGUACACACAGACUUUCCUUGAGAAAACAUGUUUGUGUGAAAUAGCACUUGAAAUUGGGAAAGUCUAAUUUUUACACAAAGUAAAAAAAAAAAAAAUUACCCUAAUUAUUGAAAGCUUUUUAAUUUUGUAACUCUUCCUCUAUCACAUGCUACUCCUGAACAGUAUUCACUCACUUAAAUGUGAUCUGCUGUGCAAAAUGUCUGACUGUAUCAGAAAGGAUACUGAAUCUCUGCUGUUUAAAAAAAAAAAAAAAAAAAGUUACGUUCUAAAAUC